CUCGGUGGGGAGUGGCUGAGUGCGCCGCUUAGAAGAUAGCAGAAUGCCCACAACCACCACCGCCAUGGGCUGACCACUCUCCCUUGCGCAGAUCCUGUCCGACUCUCUUGCUGCGACCGCCCCACCAUGGCGUCGAGGACCGGUUCAGUGCGCUCUACCCAUACUGCGCGCUCGUCCAUCAACACCACCGACCGUCUUGAGGCUCUCAUCCCAGGCGCAUUCCCCGAUCUGCGCUCUCCCAGCCAAGCCUCGCUCACCACCCAGCAGGUCUCUCUCCAGCAGACCUUGUACGACCGUAGGGCCGAGUACACUCGUUCCCGCAGUAUCCGCAUCAAGGUCGGGUCCUGGAAUGUUGCUUCCAAUAAAGGCACAGAACAGGAUGUUGGCGCAUGGUUCGUGAAGGGCAAGGGCGUGGACAAGGCCCUGGCUGGGCUUGGUGUGUCCGAGCCAAGUCGCAGAGACGAGAAGCACAAGGAACCGGUGGCAGACCAGGAAGCACGGUUCGACAAGCAUGCGCCCACAGUACCGCACGGUGACUUGGGCUCGGUGCCUGGUGAUGGGGAGGUCGAUCUUUACGUACUGGGUCUGCAGGAGAUAGUGGACAUCACUUCUGCCGCUGAAGCGCUGAAGCCGUACACCGACCCCACUAUGGCCAACAAGUGGAAAGCGUCCUUGGAGGCAGCCCUACCGGAGGGGUAUCAGCUAGUGGCAGAGCAACAGCUGCUUGGAUUGUGGCUAGUCGUUUAUGCCUCGCCAGCCCUCUUCCCGCAAGUCAAGAACAUCAGCACGACGAGCGUCGGUACUGGGCUCAUGGGCUACAUGGCGAACAAGGGUGCCGUAACAGCACGAAUUGUUCUGGGCGAAACUACACGUCUCGUCUUCAUCAACUCGCACCUCGGCGCUGGAGCAGAUAAGGCAGCCCUGGAACGCAGAAUCUGGGACGUUGCGCAGAUCACCCAGAGAACACGCUUCGCUCCGAUCGUGGAUUCGCUAGGCUCAUCUCAGAGCCAGGGCGAGGGCCUUGGAGACGAAGAGUUCGCUUUCUGGUUUGGCGAUCUGAACUUCCGAAUCGAGGGUAUGCCAGGAGAUGAUGUGCGCCGCCUACUCACGGUCCACACAAAAGACAUGGACAAGGACGACGAACGCCCUUCUACUUCUGGGACCUCAGGCUACGCUUCCGGGAAGUCUUCAAAUGAUGUCGAAGACGCUGUCCCAUUGCCGCCAGAACUAGACCCAGCGUCCCUCCAGACGACCAUCUCAUGCCUCUUACCCCACGAUGAGCUGCACCAGCAGAUGAAGUCAGGCAAAGCCUUCCACGACGGAUGGGAGGAAGGCCCAAUCAGGUUUCUGCCAACAUACAAGUACGACGUGGGCAAAGUAGGCGUUUUCGAUAGCAGCGAAAAGGCCCGUUGCCCAAGCUGGUGUGACCGGAUUCUCUACCGCACGCGGGCGGGGAAGCAGCGGUACGAUCAGAAGGCCAAGGAGGAUGCAGACACCCGCAAGCGAGAUGAGGAGAUGAAGAAGCUUGGCAUGGACACGUCUGGGACUAACGAUGUCCUCUUCGACUACGACCCUGACACUGACGGCGACAACGGCGAUUAUGAUGAGUACGAGGACAACAACGCAGAUCCAGAGCCCGAGCAGAUCACGACAAAGGAUGGGUUCUCAGACGAGCUUCUGCUCGAGUACUACACGAACCACAUGCGGGUGUUGUCAUCUGACCACAAGCCUCUAGAUGCGGUGUUCUCGCUACAGUUUGACGCUGUCGUCCCAGACCUCAAGGCUGCUAUACACAACGAAAUAGCUCGCGAACUAGACCGCCAGGAAAAUGAAGGACGGCCUUCCAUAGCUGUUGUCGUUGAGCGCGCAACCGGAUCGUCGUCGCCAUCAGACGACAAGAACGCAACAGACAGCAGCUUCGACGGCGUAGACUUUGGUGAUGUCAAAUUCGCCAAGUCAAAACGAAGAAACAUCACCAUUGCAAACACCGGCCGCGUACCCGCGACCUUCGGCUUCGCAGAUCGCCCUAUCGAGGAAGAUCAGGCCUCCGGCCCUUUUCCAUCCUGGCUAAGUGUCACCUUCGAUAAGGAACCAGACGCGCGCUCCAAAUCCGGCCCAGAUGACAUUCAGCAGCGCUAUACGCUCGCACCUGCCGAAGUCAUCAACGCAGAAUUGAAGCUCAAACUCAAAGACGUCAGCUCCGUGCGUAACCUGAACAACGAGUCCCAGUCUCUCGACGAAGUCCUCGUCCUGCGUGUCGAGAACGGCCGCGACCACUUCCUCCCCCUUCACGGACACUGGCAGCCCUCAGCACUAGCACGCACAGUCGACAAGCUGAUCAAGAUUCCUGAAGGCGGCAUUAGGAAACUGCAGCACCAGAGCCCGAGCGCGAGCGAAACGGUAAAAUGGUCAGUGCCUCGAGAAAUAUUCAGGCUGACGGAGGCGAUAGAAGACUUGACCGAGCGCGCGCUCGCAGAGUGGGACAUGACCAAAGCGACCGAGGACGCGCGGGCGCCGUGGAUGGACAAUGCGGGGUGGCCGUUCGUCAACGUACAUAAGGACGGAACCGGCGCGUGGGAAGACGAGCAUGAAGACGAGCUCGCAGCCCUCUACGACGCGCUGGAUACCGACGCCCCCUUCGCGCCAGCCUUCGACCCUGCCACCCCUGCGCUGGAAAGAGUCGAGCUCCUGUCCACAGUCCUAUUGACCUUCCUUUCCAGCCUCGAAGACGGCGUCGUCACAAGGGAUCUGUGGAAACAACUCGAGGCAAGCAUCGCCAAGCAGGAACGCUCUAAACAGCCUCUCGACCGCGACGACCAGAAGAUGGCUGUCUUGGAAAUCAUGGCCGCGCAACCGCCCCACAACGCCACGUUUCUUCUACUGCUCUCAUUCCUACAAUGCAUCGUCACCCGGAUCACGAAUGCGAAUGCGCCAGCGCCUGAUGCCCCGAGGAAGAGCGUGGAGAUGCCGAGUAGCCCGCAGGCCAAGGUUAGAAGGAGGACGUUGAGCAAGGUUGCAGGGGAGGCGGUGAGGCAGCUGAUCGUCAGGAACUACUGCGUGGUGUUUGCAGACGCGAUAUUCAGGGCCGAGGAGAAACGGGAAAAAGAGAAGGAUAGGGCGGUUAGGAAGGAGAGGAUGGUUAGGGUGUUGGAUUUGUUUUUAGGGGAGAGGGAGUAGGAUAUGGGAGGGACGAUACCAUUUUGAAGCCAUGAAUGGAAUAGAGAAGUUGCAAGCGUAGA